GUCAAUCUAGCCAUGGCGGUCGCAGUACCAUUGUACAUCUGGCCAACCCCCAACGCUUGGCAGCCUCUUUACAACACCAUUUCUGCGUCUCCAAACACGACUUUCAACGUGAUCAUCAAUCCCAAUUCCGGUCCUUCUGACGGCGCUUCAGAACCUGAGAUUAUCUCUGCGGUCACGUCCCUUCGCUCUCACAGUAACGUGCAACUGUUUGGCUACGUUCACAUCAACUACGGAAAACGCAAGGCUGCCACCGUACAAAAGGAGAUUGCCACCUACUCGACCUGGAAGAAGUCAGGCAAAACCGACAUUCACCUCGAUGGCAUCUUCGUUGACGAAGCGCCCUACGAAACCAAGGACCUUUCCUACAUGAAGGACAUUCACACUUACGUUCAUAAAACCAUGCCAAAGUCGCACCAGCAAGUCUGGACAAAUCCGGGCAUCCCCAUCGACGCGAAAUUUUACGAAUACGCCGACUACGUCAAUGCGUACGAGAACUCCUAUGCCGACUGGACUGCUGGAGGCAAGAACAAGAUCCCAGAAUGUCUGAGGCAGAAGAGCACGGUCAUGAUCCACGACUACCCGAAAAACUCGAACGCGAAACUGAACACUGAUACGAAGAACAUCGUUGCCGCUGGUUACAACGGUACCUUCAUCACUACGAGCAGUGGGUACGAAGAGUUUUCGACCAGCUGGGCGCAAUACGUCAAGGAUGUC